AUGAUCCAGGGUGAUACGCCCGAGAACCUGGAGCAUGUCCUCAAGACCAAUUUCUGGGCCUACGAGAAGGGUCCUACGUUCAAAGGUGCCCUGGGCGAUUUGUUUGGAGACGGUAUCUUUGUGGCGGAUGGACAUGACUGGAAAUUUCAGCGCAAGCUGGCGAGUCAUAUCUUCAACGUGAAGGCUUUCCGAGAGUACACGAGUGAUGUGUUUGUGAUUGAGGGUCAGCGUGUGGUAGAUUAUUUGACCAAGGCGGCGGAUGAGGGCACGGUUGUGGAUCUACACGAGCUGUUCCUCAAGUUCACUCUGGAUAGUUUUGGAACAAUCUCGUUCGGAAAGAGCUUUGGCUGCCUCGAGAGCAUGGACGAGAAGGUCGACUUUGCGGUCUCUUUUGACGACCUGACCGCGACCUGCUCCGACCGUCUGCUUGACCCACUCUGGAAGAUACGCGAGUCCUUGACGGGCGUUCACAAGAAGGCGAUGUACGACAAAGACUUGAUUGGCAAGCAUGCGCUUGCCAUUAUUGAGAAGCGUCGUCGUGAGGGUUAUCAUGCCGAGAAAAAGGAUCUUUUGCAGUUGUUUAUGGAGGUCCGGGACGAGAAUGGCCAGCCUCUUACGGACGAUUACAUAGCCUCAAUUAUCCUCAACGCCACGAUUGCAGGACGCGAUACGACGGCUCAAGCGCUUUCGUGGAUGUUCUACCUCCUGAACCGCGAUGGUUCUAAUCCCGAGGACAAGACCCAGCUUUUUGAAGAGGUCGACAACGUUCUGCAGGGUGGCAUCCCCAGCUACGAGACCUACAAGCAACUCAAGUUUGCUGAAGCAUGGUCCAGAGCUCUAACAAACAACCUCCCAUCUAUACCCGUCCAACUAGGUCUCCGUUUGUACCCAUCCGUCCCCCGAAACAUGAAGCAAUGUGUUCAGGACGACGUGCUGCCCGACGGCACCCGGAUCUACAAGGGCGAAUGGUUCACAUGGAGCUCCUAUGUCAUGGGCCGGAGCGAACUCAUCUGGGGUCCUGAUGCCAAGGAGUACAAACCCUCACGUUGGAUCAAUUCUGAAAAGCCCUCUCAAGGAAAGUUUAGUUCGUUCCAUGCAGGUCCACGAGUCUGCAUUGGGCAGCAGUUUGCGACCAUCGAGGCUAUGACAAUCAUCGCCAUGAUCCUGUCCAAGCUCGAUAUCACUCUGGUAAACCCCUCUAAAGUCCCACCAUACGGCGUCUCCUUGACCAUGCCCAUGCUGGAAGGUCUGCCCGUCAGAAUUAAGAGACGCCAGACUUCAUUCUCAAAAGAAGAGUGA